AUGAUUGUCGAUGUCGUGCCGGAUGACGGGCCCCUCAAGUCGCAUGGUACUGAGGAAGAGCUGAGGAUCUCUCAGAGGACCGGUGGUGUUCAUGACCCGCGGGAGGACGGUGUCUGGAAGCCUGAAAGGCCGACGACCAGGGAGGGCCUCUCUAGGCACUCAGUCGAUGGUUCGCCUCUCCCCCCCGCCAAUCCGGAAGUGGGCGGGGCUCCCGUGGUAAGCGGCCGGAAGUCGGUGCGGCCUACUUCCUGCCGCGAAGCUCAUCCUCCUGCUGCCGCUGCGUCUGCCCUCCGCGUGCAGGCCCAAGCGCUCCCGAGGCCGCUCAUGUCUCGGGCUCCAGAGUCGCGCGGGGCUCUUCGCCCGCGGAAGCGCCGGCGUCCCGGGCCCUUCCCGGGCGGAGAGAGCUUUUGGGAGGGCUCUGCUUGGGGGGAGCCUCAGGGCGGCGGCGGAGCUUGGGCGCCGCCGGGGCCUCGCCUGCCCUCGCUCCUCGAGGGGCUGUGGCGGCCGCCGGGGCAGGGCGAGCUGGAAAGCGCCGAGAUGCCUCCGCCCGAGUGGGGGGACCCCGCUUGGGAGGAGGCCGAGCCGGGGCCCCCUCGGGGGUGGGGGGGCGCCCCCCCCAGGGAGCAGCAGAGGGGAGGGGCCUGGGAGCCCCCCGAGAGGCAGUGGAGCCCCCCGCCGGACGGCAGCCGAUGGAGAAGGCAGGGCAGCCCUCCCGGGGCAGAGGACCAGCCUAGGGCCCUCCCCAGGGGAGAGGCGUGGGACAGGCAGGAGCCCCAGUGGGAGGGCAGCCCCCCGAAGGAGGCCAGGCGGGGGUACUUGGGGGCCACCGGCAGCAGGGGCAGGAGCUCAAAAGGGGCUGGGGGUGUGGCGGGCCCCGGGAGACGGAGAAGCCGUUGGGGCAGCCCCCUGAAGGAGACCAGGCAGAGUCACUCCGAGAGCUGGAGCCCACCUGGCAGGGAGCCAUUCCAGCCAGACCCUGGGGUAAGUGAGUGGGGCAGCCCUGAGAGUAGGGGAGGGGAGCACCCCGGCCCCAGCAGGCGGGAGAGGCCCAAGAGGUGGGAAAGGAGCCCCAGUGGUGAGAACAGGGGCUGGGGACACCCCCAGAGAGAGCCCAGAGGGGAGCCCUCGGGCAGCCAGGGCCAGCCUCUCAGGAAGCCAUUCCAGGCAAAUCCUGCCAGGGACGGAGACAGGUGGAGGGGUCCUGAGGGGAGGGGAAGAGUGGAUCCAAGCCCCGAUGGAGCUUGGAGACAGAGGAGCCCCACCGGAAGCCAGGAGAGGAGGGGCAGACCCAAGCAGGAACGCUACACUGCCCUCACUAGCCACAAUUCUCCUGUCUGGGAGCAGAGCCAGGAAAAUCUGAGGGGAAGCGGCUGGGGCAGCCCCAGAAAGGCAGACAGAGAGCCGAAUUCGAAUGGAGAUCAACGAGACUGGGGCAGCCGCACCAAGCAUGGUGCAGUAGAGGAUCCAGAUGAAGGCAGAGGAGAUCCAGGCCUCUAUGAACAGGGAGCAGAGGAGGAGGAGGCGGCGGAGGGAGCGUUUGUUCCCAGGAGGGACAGUUCCCCAGCCAAUGAGGCAUCUGGCAGCCCCACAGAUGCCCCUGCUGACACCCCAAAGCAGUGGACGCCCUGUGAGGCCGUGGUGGAAUGGUGGAUGAAGUCACGGUGCGUCAUGCAAAAGAGGGUGCGGGAGCAGUACCUGUCUUCCUGCCCCCGCCCCACUCUGCCUGACAGAAGCUCUGAGACCCCUUGCCUCAACACCGACAUCCUGAACUUGCUCAACAAGCAACAGGUCGCUGAGUUCUCCUCUGCAACCCACACUUUUGGCCGGAUCCAGGAGGAGGUGUUGGACAUGCUGGCGCCAGCCUUGACGAUCUAUGAGAUGGCGGAGGAAGCGAUGGAGGGGGAGCAGCAGCUGGACCCAAUGGAGCUGCGCGAGUGGGCCCGGCGCCUGGUCAGCUACAUUGGCAGCAUCAACCAGAGGCUGACCCUGCACCGCCGCAUCCAGGUCCUUGGCAGCAUCAACCCUCGCCUCAAGUCCGUGACUACCAAAAUGAGCAGCCAGAACACUGGCGGGAUGCUCUUUGCAGAAGACAAAGUCAAGCUCUUGAAGGAGAUCAUAAAGCGAUUCCCACAGCUGACAGUACCCAAGCUAAACCCAGGCCUGAGAAAAUACAUCCCUCCUGCCAGGCGUGGCCAAUAUGUGGCCAACUACUUCCAGGCCCGCAGGCGGCGCCCUCUGAGGCCUGCUUCUCACCCCGAUUUCAGCAGGCAGAGUGCAGCGAGCCGCCAAGCUGAGCAGAGCCACCACUGAGGAGCUGGAGGGCCGGGUCCAGCAGAGCACUGCUCGGGACCCCGGGAGACGCUUGCUGUGUCCUCUCACUCAGCAGCUGCCGGCCCCAGGACUUCCUUGCCGCUGGAAGGACCCACCACAGCGACUCGCACGACUAGCAGCUCCCGCCCUCCCGGCCCACCACAGGGCAACGCAAGGAACCCGGUCCGUGCGGCAGCAGACUAGCCUUGACCUCUUGGCCGCUUCAGCCCAUCAAGGCCGCCUUGGCUGCUGAUGCCCAGGCUCCGGCCACUUCCCAUAAGAAAGGGGUCUGGCCACUCCUCUUGGCCUGCUUUGAGUUUCUCAGGUGGCCAAACGGUGGAUUUGACCCAAUGAACAUCUGUAUAUUUGUUGAAGAAAACUGGUGCAUGAACCAUCAGCACUUUUUCCUCUCUAGGGUGUCCUCCAUGCAGCUUCCAGGAUAGAGAGAAGCACCAGGAGAUCAAGACUGAUGCGGUGGUGGUGGUGGGGGUUGUCUGUCUGCUGGAUCUGAGGGUUGUUUUUUCCUCCCCACCCUGGCUGCGUGUUCAGUGGCAGGACGCACCUCCUUGACUGAUGGCAAUCCACCGGGAAUUCUUGGGGGAAGAGAGCCAGCCAACCUUCUCCCCUUGUUAUAGCAGCCAAGUUCCUGUCUGUGUGGAGUGGGGGGAACGUUUCUGGUUUGGCCAAUUAAGUUCAGUUCUGAAAGGACGCUCAGAGGGGGAUUGUCAAGCGGGCCUGCACCUUCUGAUCGGGGACCUGUGAACCGCCUGCUGCGUGUCGGCAAGGGCUGGAGAGGGUCAGCAACAAGAAGCAGUCCGUGAGCAACCUUCCCGAGAGCCUUUGUGACGUUACCUGUAGUUGAAUAAAAUUUUUCAUUCUUAAAA